GUAUUUUGCUUUUUCGUGCUAAGAAAUAAAUUAAAACAAUGUUACAGGAAUAUUACAGUAUGUUUUCAAUAGUAAUUUUAGUAACACUAUGGUCUGCUCAAUAUUCAGAAGCGUCUAAGGCAGAAUUCGUGACGUGCGGCACGAUCCUGAAGCUCAUGAACACAGAUCUCCGCCUGCGGCUGCACUCUCACGACGUGAAGUACGGCUCGGGCUCCGGCCAGCAGUCGGUGACGGCGGUGGACGCGGCCGACGACAGCAACAGCCACUGGCUCGUGCGACCCGCCACCUCCGAGACUUGCAAGAGAGGGGCUCCAAUAAAGUGCAACACGGUAGUGCGACUGCAGCAUGUGGCCACUAAGAAAAACUUGCACUCACACUACUUCUCGUCUCCUCUGUCGAGCAACCAGGAGGUGUCCUGCUACGGAGACGAGGAUGGGGAGGGCGACAGUGGAGACAACUGGACUGUUGUGUGCAACAAUGACUACUGGAGACGGGACACUCCUGUUAAGUUCAGACAUGUGGACACUGCAGCAUAUUUGGCAGGUUCUGGGCGCACAUUCGGCCGGCCCAUCAGUGGUCAGGGGGAAAUAGUAGGAGUAUCUUCACAAUAUGGAUCCUACACUGACUGGCAAGCCAAGGAAGGUCUCUUUGUACACCCAAGUGAUCCAUUCCCGGGCGGACAUGCAGUUCAUACUGAGUUAUAAUUAUAAUCAUUAGACUAGUCAAUUUGUAAUAAUAAUGUACUACAUGCAAUGCAAUAGAAGUUUCGUACUUUUUUAAGUUAUUACUAGAAACGAAAGUUGGGAUGCAAACUUCCGGUUCAGAGGGAUGCAAUUUCUGAAUUGUUGCACAAAAGGGUACACUACACCUAAUGUAAAUAAUGAUUUGGUAAGGUGAUCCAAAAACUCAUUCCAAAUAUAAUGAAUUGUAUUUACUAAAGGGUUUUGUGAUACUUUUAAUUUAAGAUGUGUUUAUUAUUUAUAAAAUCAGCAGAGAUUAACUACAAACCAUACUUAUGCCACAUGUGUUUUUGUUUUGGUUGCAAGAUGAAUAUAGAAGCAAGAAGAGCAUGACAAAUAAAAACUAGUGA